AUGCUACAGGAGAAACACCUGUCUAAACGCUCUCCUUUUUUAAUCCAGAAACUUUUUGAAUCAACUAUUGGGCAUGUUAAAAAAAUCCAAAAAUUGAGGUCGGGAGAUCUACUCGUAGAAACAGCUUCCUCUCAACAGUCAGGAAAACUUUUGAAUUUGAAGUCUCUAGGAGACAUACAAGUCACUAUCACAUCACACACAAGUUUGAACUUAUCACGUGGUGUGAUAUCUGAAAUUGAUCUGAUGUCUGAGGACGAAUCAGAUAUUCAGAUUGGCCUUUCAGACCAAGGAGUUACUGCUGUACGACGCAUCUCCAUUCGUCGAGAUGGCAAGAUAAUUCCUACAAAGCAUUUAAUCGUCACAUUUAACAAACGAACAAUACCAUCUUUUCUUACCGCAGGAUAUUUGCGCUGCUCGGUUCGCCCAUAUAUUCCAAAUCCGCUGCGUUGUUUCAAAUGCCAGCGAUUUGGACAUUCCCAAACAUCCUGUCGAGGCAAAAGUUUAUGUGCACAGUGUGGAGUUGAAGGUCACCAGAGUACUGAGUGUACCAGCACUGCAUGCUGUGUAAACUGCAAAGAUGCCUAUCCUGCCUACUCACGAAAAUGCACUGCAUGGCAGAAAGAGAAAGAAAUUCAGCGAUUGAAGACUGUUAAUAACAUAUCUUACCCAGAGGCACGUCGCAUGGUCACUUUAAGUGCACCAGUGAAACAGAAGACAUUUGCUGCUGUUCUGAAAUCCACAAAGACAUGUGGAGUUCAGACAGACAUUUCUGUUUCACCAAUUGAAUCUCUGACUCGCCAUGAAAAAUGUCUGCUGAUACUAUCUACCAAAGAAAAAGAACAAAACAAGACAAAACCAAUCAUACCUAAAACAGGGGUAACAACUAGGAAUGUGGGUUCCAAAAAAGCCAGUAAGAACCCUCUUAAUAAACAACAAAUGAAAGCAGCCCUCUCUAAAUCCAAAAAAUCGGAGACUCAGUCUAUGAGUGAGUUCUCUGACUUUUCAGACGAAGAGACUAAUAAGGAGGUGACACCACCAACGUCACCUUUAAAAGAAAAAGCCCCUGUGAAAUUAAAGAGGGAUAACCUUGCUAAAAAUGCUGCCUCAAACACAUAAUGGAUUAUAAAAUAAUCCAAUGGAACUGUCGUGGUUUUUGCAACAACUUUUCUGACAUUAAACACUUGACAUCAUCUACCUCAUCUCUCUGCGUGGCACUACAGGAAACACAUCUAAAAC